AUGACCCAUUUCCAUCCCAAACCGUCGUUCACGAAUCCAGCAAGCAUAGGAGCCAUUUGCCAGCAAAGAAACCAAAUAAACAGGUCUUUUACCGUACUGUUGAGCAAGAGGCAUCAUGAUGAGAUUUCCAAUACCCAAGAACAGAAAACUGUACCCGGUACCGUCGUUGAGCUGAUCGACGGUGAUGUCGAUGUCUGGAUCAGCAGCAAUAUUUGUCAGAAUCGAGUAAAUGCAGCAUCCAGGAACACUACCUCCAAAGAUGUAAACCACCACACAGAACAUGGACAGCCAUUUACGGCUUCUGCUCCAGUUCAACGGAUCAUUAGGAUCGUCGGAAGGUGUAGGAAUCAGCACAAUACCCUUUUCAGUCUCGACAGCGUCUUCGGUGUGGUCCAAGUCAACCAAAUGCGAGGUUCCUGGAACCGCUGA